AUCGCGUGGUGGGGAUCAUCCAUAUUGCUGGUAGUGGUGGAGAUAGGGUUGUAAUCCUGCGAGGCCCUCGGACACGUUUCUUUAUUUUUUUUACAUAUGUUUUAAUUCGGCGCUGACUACUCUGCGUCUAGACUGAAGCUUUUUUGGUCUAGUAGCGACAGAGGAGCGGCAGACUCCGCGGAACAACUUCAGAUUUUCUUGAAAUUGUAGGCGAAUUCGGGCCGGGGGGAGGACUGGUAAUCCUGAGGGGGGAAGAAAGACGGCGGUGGGAAAUGGCCACUCAGGUGGAGGCUCUCCUGCCUGGCAACCCGCUUGCAAAAGCGGAGGAGCACGGUAAAGUGAUCUGCGGUGAGCCGGAGGAUGAGGGAGGCGACGGGGCCAAGCGGCAGACGGGUGUCGCCGAGCAGGGCAGUAGCAGCAGCAGCAGCAGCAGCGGCAGCAGCCCAGGGCAGGGAGGGACCCCCGAUACAGAGGAGCAAACCUCCAAAGAGUCGACAGAGGAGAGCAAAGGGGGUUGUGAAAGCGAAGAUAAGCAGAACGAGGAAGGUGUUAAAGGCAGAAAGGAGUUUACUGAAGCUCCCCCGCCCAAGGUGAACCCGUGGACUAGGAAAAUGAGUGCGGUGACCGUGGUCAGCGUGAAUGGACAAGCACACCACGAGUCUACUGGCCCCACCAAGGUGGUGAGAGCAGGGAACCCACCCAAAGCCAGACGUGGAGGAAAGGUUGGAGAUUUUGCCGACGCCAACAGCUGGCCGACUCCUGGGGAGAUCGCAACUAAAGACAUGCAGAUCGAGGCAGUGACACGGACCGUGUCCUGCCCGCCGACUGUCAGGCAGGUCAGAGACUCAUGGAGAUCCACUGCUCCUAAGAAGACGACCGUCAAGAAGGAGUCAAAGGAGUCGAAGGAGAAGAGGGAGAGCAACGAGGAGAGCAAGGAGAACCUGAAGGCCAAGUCGGACGACUCCGGAGAGGAGAAGAAUGGCGAUGACGACUCCCAGAAGAACGGACCGAAGAAAAAAGGAAAUAAGCAGAAGUGGGUUCCCCUGAUGAUCGAAGUGAAGUCCGAGGGUCCCAGGGAGCGCUCGGCCUCCAGGAACAACAGCAGACAGAACGAAAACCCCCGUCUGCCUCCCAACGCCAGGAACGAUCUCAGAGACUGGCACAGUCAAAAGUACGAGCGGGAGUGGCGUGACGACCACGACGAGGUGUCCAGUGUGAAGAGUGAGGGAGCGCCGUUCCGCGGAGGGUUCAGAGGUCGCGGACGUGGAAGAGGAAGAGGUCGGGGACGAGGCAGAGGCGGGAGAGGCCACUAUGACUACCACUACGGCUACAAGUCAUACGAUACGAAAGACGGACCCUACGCCCAGAAGUUUGGCAACACGGUGACCUACUACUACGACAACAUGAGCAGCAACGACCUUUACUCCGUCGACCAGGACCUGCUGAAGGACUACAUCAAGAGGCAGAUUGAGUACUACUUCAGCCUGGACAACCUGGAGCGUGACUUUUUCCUGCGGAGGAAGAUGGACCAGGAGGGCUUCCUGCCCAUCGCACUCGUCGCCAGUUUCCACAGAGUGCAGGCCCUCACUACCGACGUCAAUAUCAUCAUGGAAGCUUUGAAGGACAGUAAGGAAGUGGAAGUGAUCGACAUGAAGAUCCGUCGGAAGGUGGACCCAGAGAAGUGGCCUCUGCCGGGCCUUGCCAUGCUAAACCAAACCCAUACCGAUUUCUCCCAGCUCAUCAACUGCCCUGAGUUUGUCCCAAGGCAGAUGACCGAGGAGCCCAGAGGCUCUCCCAGGGCCUCCACACCGGUUAAGCAACACGGCAAGACUGAACUAGACACCUCUAACCUCAAGACCAUGCCCAAGGGCCUCUCCGCCAGCCUCCCCGACCUGGACUCUGAGUGCUGGAUCGAGGUCAAGAAGAGGCCCAGACCCUCCCCGGCCAGACCCAAGCUCAGCGCAGAGAAGGCCCCGUCGUUGCAGAAGGAAAAGGACGACUCGAUUCGCUCCCCGGUGCCUCAGUCUGGCUCCUCGCCCUCGCCUGCUACCACAGGAAAUAAGGACGGAGCGGAGCCGGACGAACCGGAGGAGCUCGACUUCAUGUUUGACGAGGAGAUGGAGCAGAUGGACGGACGGCGCAACACCUUCACCGACUGGUCGGACGAGGAGACGGAUGGCGAGAUCGACGACCACGACGUCAACAAGAUCUUGAUCGUGACACAGACGCCACCCUACCUGAGGAAGCACCCGGGGGGCGACCGCACUGGACACCACACAUCGCGUGCCAAGCUGUCCAGCGAGCUGGUCAAAGUGAUCAACGACGGGCUCUUCUACUACGAGCAGGACCUGUGGGACGACACGUACGAGCCCGAGUACGCCACCAUCAAGCAAGAGGUGGAGAACUUCAAGAAGGUCCACCUGAUCAGCCGCGAAGAAUUUGACUGCCUGACCCCUGAACCCCCUGUCGACCCCAAACAGGAAGUCCCUCCAGGCCCCCCACGACACAAGCAGAUCCCCACAGACGCUUUGGCAAACAAACUCUUCGGUGCCCCCGAGCCCUCCUCAAUAGCUCGCUCGCUCCCGACUACGGUGCCUGACUCGCCCAACUACCGCAGUGCCCGGACGCCCCGCACACCUCGCACGCCUCACCGGAAGGACCAGACUAUGACGCCGCGCUUCUACCCAGUGGUGAAGGAAAGUCGACCUGUGGAUGCCAAGACGCCCAGGAAGAGGAAGACCCGACACAGCUCCAACCCACCCAUGGAGUGUCACGUCGGCUGGGUAAUGGACUCCAGAGAGCAUCGCUCCCGUACUGCCUCCGUCAGCUCUAAUGCCAGCCCAUCGGAGGGCAUCCCUGCCCUGGGUAACAUUGGGGCCACACCUCAGUCCCUCCCUAAGUUCCAGCACCCAUCACACGAGUUGCUCAAGGAGAACGGCUUCACGCAACAUGUUUACCACAAGUACCGUCGGCGCUGCCUAAAUGAGCGAAAGCGGCUGGGAAUCGGCCAAUCACAGGAGAUGAACACACUCUUCCGCUUUUGGUCAUUUUUCCUGCGAGAUCACUUCAACAGGAAGAUGUACGAGGAGUUCAGACAGCUGGUGGUCGAGGACGGGAAAGAAGGAUAUAGGUACGGUUUGGAGUGCCUGUUCAGGUACUACAGCUACGGUCUAGAGAGGAAGUUCAGGCCAGACAUCUUUAAAGACUUCCAGGAGGAGACCACAAAAGACUACGAGGCUGGCCAGCUUUAUGGACUGGAGAAGUUCUGGGCCUUCCUUAAAUACUCCAAAGCCAAGACCUUGGAGAUCAACCCCAAGCUGCAGGAGUACCUGCGCAAGUUUAAGCGUCUGGAAGAUUUCAGAAUUGACCCACCUAUGGAGGAAGGACGUCGCAGAAGGCACUCGUCCAGUGGGGACGGUCGCCGCCGGCACCCCUCUCAGCCCACCAGCCGGCCCCACAGCCAGGCCAGCUCCGGCCCCAGCCUCGCCCAGGGCCCUGCCGCCAAGGAUGAUGCCAAACCCACCAGCCAGAAAGCCCCAGCCGCUGACCCCGCACCAGAUGCCAAGACACUGAAGUAACUCCACAAACACGCCGGCCCACAUGGAUCAACUCAACCAAGUCUGCUAGUCGCUGGUUCUUUCUGCGCCACAGGAGGGGGCAACCAGUUCUUCAUUCAAGCAUGAGAAUAGUUUUUUUUACUACAAUGACUUUUGAUUGAGAAACAAGGAAGACACAUAAUUAAUAUGGCUUGCUUUAUUAAUUAGUUCUAAGUUUUCGAGAAAAAAUACCUUUUCUGUCUUGAUGAGGCAAGGAAUGGAUGGGGUGUCAAACACUUUUUUCCUUUUUUACAAAUCAUUGCCAGUCCACACGGUGGAUGGCUCAGUGGUGAUUUAUUACCCUGGAAAUUGUACUUCUUUUAUUUUUAAAAUUUUCAUCUUGACCCCCCUCUCACUUGGGACCCUCUUUGAUCGCCACUGUCCUGCUGGCUGAAAGAUAUUUGAUUCCUCCCCUAGAUCUCAGAUUUAUUAUUAUUAUAAUUUCUUCGGCAUGUGGUGAGAUUGGAGACUUGGAAAUAGUUUGAACAAGACUGAGCAUCUGAAAGCCACGCUAGUGACCACGCUGCAGGCUGUGCUGCUUCUGACAUCCAAUCGGACCAAAGUGGUUUCAACCAAGCGACUGACAUUUCCAUCCGCAGAGCCCCCAGUGCUCUCAGUUGAGGGGCUCAAAAAUUCAAGAUAUUUGAUUUACUUCAUGGCUUGACAUUGAGGCCAAAAUAUUAAAGAACCAAAUGAUAAAAAGAGAGGAAAAAAAAGACUUGUACCAAUCCCUCAGUAUGGACUCGAUCAUUGAAAGUUGCCUUAUUUUAAUGGUUUUACUGCUUCUAACUUGUGCCCGCCACCUUUUUGUCGAUUGUACAGCAUUGGAAUUACCCAUAUAUCCGGUCACCAUUUCCAGCAGAGGCCACUAGGUGGUGCAGUGUCUGCCAAACUGUUUCACCCCUCGCCCCCUCACCCCCUCACUCCCCUUCGCCACCUUUUCUGAACUGUCUUCCAAGUGUCAUUCGGUCUGUUACAAGUCCUGUAAUUCUUCCUUGUGUUUGCAAGUUGUGGCUUUUUGUGCUGAAACAAACCUGGUGGAAGUUUGUCCUCCCCUCCCCUCCCCCCCCCCCUUCCCAAAAACAACAACACUUUAGUGGGGUGGAGAGUUGGGAAGGGAGAAUCACUGAUGAGCUUCCUGACUUUCUCCCGCCCCCUGCGCCUCCCCGUCAGAUGAGCUGCAUCCAUCCGUUCAUCCAUCCGUUUGACAUCCAUCCAUCAGUCGACCAUCAGUGACGAUACAGGACUGGAAUCAUCAAUCUGGAAUACUUGAAGAAGCGAUGGUUAUGAGGAGGGCUGUCGCGUCCUGUCACAGGUGCUCUGGGUGGAGACGUGUAUGAGCCUCAGACAUUUGGCCUCCGACUUCACUGUUAAACUGAAGCUCGAUCGGCCUGAUUGGGCCUCGGGCGCUCGCCACCUCUUCCUGUUCCACACUCAGAUACACACAUCAGUUACAGGUAUGAACACUGACAGGUGUAGUCACACACAGGUACAGAUGUAGCAGUGUGAGCAAGUUGAAUGCAAAACACAUAGCUUGAUGUCUUGCCUCGCUGUGGACAAAAAUUCAAGACUGGACUCUGGUCUGUUCUGUUGUCACACUUCCUACAGUCAACUGUUUGGAUAAUUAAAAUCUUUAUCCAACUCGAGUACUGAUGAUAUCAAAUAGAAGAGUGAUUCUUUCUUCCUCCACUAAUGUAAAUGUGAAUUUGACAGAUGAAGAGAAAUGAUUACAGCUCCCUGCUACUUGUUUUAUUGUUUAUAGAACAGAUUAUAUAUUUGCCUUACGUACGUACUCUUUAACUUUUUUUUUUUUUUUUUUUUUUUUAAAUAGUUUCAUGAAUUCUUUUAAUGCUUUUUAAUUUCAAUUUGCAGUGUUUCUAGCGUUGUUAUGAUGGAGGUGGGGUUUGUGUCAGGCUGUUUGAACCAUCUGUGGAUGUCAGAAACGGGAACAUAAUUUACAACACAAAAGGGAAAGUUGACAUCAGGGCGUCAACCGGUAUUAAGUGCAAAAACUAAAUCUGUAAGCUUAUAGUGUUUCACGUUGAAAUCAGUUAAUUUGCUCUUUUUUUUUCUUUUAGUAAAGAUAUUUUUGCCGAGAUGACAGAGCAGAAUUUCAAACAGCAAACUAAUUAUUAAACAUUUUAGCCUCCUGGUUUUCUACGAACAUGUCUGCGAGGUCUACAAACACAUAUAAAUAUUUGAUUUUGGGGUUCAAAUUGAAGGAGUUCACAAAAUUCUGAAAAAAGUCUUAAUGCACAUAUGGAUAUCUUUAUCUUUAUUUUGAACAUUUAAAAAUAAAUAAAAGCAAUAUCCAGAUGCUUAGUGAAAUGACCCACUUUCCGUUGACAUACUGCGAUGUUUGUUGCAAAGAGUGAUGAACUAUUUCCUGUCAAACAGUUCUGUCACAUGAGUAAUUAAGAUCAAACUGUAUUAGACAUCUGUAUUUUUUUUUUUUAAAGGUCUUGGUCCUUUUGCGUAAUAAUCAUUCCGCCUGUUGGCUGAUGUUCCAGCAGAGUGGUGGUCCUGUCUUUGUCAGUUUCUUCCUCUAAAUCCACAUUUGUUGGAAACAUGACAUUGCAAAGCUGUACUUUUUUUUUUUUUUUUUUUUCUUCCUUUAGUGUUUUGUUGCUUUAUCUUCAGGGAGAUUUGGAUCGGUUUCAGAGGCUUACAGUUGAUGCAUCAAAGUGUUUACUGGAGGUUUAAUAUUCACAAAACAUGAAACUCGUUUUCCAAAAACCAGCGAAGCCUUUGAAUGGGGGAGCUGGUGUGUGGCUGCAGACAUGGCAGACUGCCACUGGGGGGGGGGGGCCUUCUUCCUGGGACAGUACCAUGAUCUCGCCCUCUAAUGUGACAUCACCUGCCAUCACCUGCCACCGGACAUUUGGGGGUUUCAGGUGUUUUGGGGAGUUUUCAGCCUUCUCUAUCAGCGUAGAACUGCUGCUAGCUGUCCAGAUAAACUCUAGGGGCGCUGCACCCUCUGCUCGUCAGUUUUACCCGGAUUAGGCCAGCGGGCCGGACACUGGAGACAUGAGUGAUGGACGUGGGAAGGGAGGAGAAAGGAAAGAGAGAACUUGCCCAACUGGGGUUUGUCAUGUCGCUCAGAAGUAUAUGGCUGGUUAUGAUAUCUGGAGACGGAGAAAAAAAAAAAGGACAAAAUUCCAUAAAGCCAUAUGAAUAAGAAAUAACUGUAUAUGAACCAUUAAAAUAGUUCAUUGCAUUACUAUAUCCUAGGCUUGUCAA